CCCCGCCCUCGGCCCGGCGCUCCGGCCCAAGAUGGCGGCGCUGAGCAGCGGCGGCAGCGCCGAGGGGGCCUCGCUCUUCAACGGGGACAUGGAGCCCGAGCCGCCCGCGCUGGGCUCCGGAUACGCGGGGGGCGGCGGCGGCGACCCGGCCAUCCCGGAGGAGGUGUGGAAUAUCAAACAGAUGAUUAAGUUGACUCAAGAACAUAUAGAAGCACUGCUAGACAAAUUUGGAGGAGAGCAUAACCCACCAUCAAUAUAUUUAGAGGCCUAUGAAGAGUACACCAGCAAGCUUGAUGCUCUACAGCAGAGAGAACAGCAGUUACUGGAGUCCAUGGGGAAUGGAACUGAUUUCUCUGUCUCCAGUUCAGCUUCAACAGACACAGUUGCAUCAUCUUCCUCCUCUAGCCUCUCUGUAGCACCUUCAUCCCUUUCAGUUUAUCAAAACCCUGCUGAUAUGUCACGGAAUAACCCCAAGUCUCCACAGAAGCCUAUUGUUAGAGUCUUCCUGCCCAACAAGCAAAGGACUGUGGUUCCAGCAAGAUGUGGAGUGACAGUCCGAGACAGCCUGAAGAAAGCUCUGAUGAUGAGAGGUCUUAUUCCAGAAUGCUGUGCCGUUUACAGAAUACAAGAUGGAGAGAAGAAGCCAAUUGGCUGGGACACAGACAUUUCCUGGCUCACGGGAGAGGAGCUGCAUGUGGAAGUCUUGGAGAAUGUGCCACUCACGACACACAAUUUCGUACGAAAAACAUUCUUCACGUUAGCGUUCUGUGACUUCUGUCGGAAGCUGCUUUUCCAGGGGUUCCGGUGCCAGACGUGUGGCUACAAAUUUCACCAGCGCUGCAGCACAGAAGUGCCACUGAUGUGUGUUAAUUAUGACCAACUUGAUUUGCUGUUUGUCUCCAAGUUCUUUGAACAUCACCCCAUACCACCGGAGGAGGCCUCCAUAGGAGAGACCACCCCAGCAUCUGGAUCGUACCCCUCAGUGCCCCCCUCAGAGUCUGUUGGACCACCAAUUCUCCCUAGUCCUUCUCCUUCAAAAUCCAUUCCAAUCCCACAGCCCCUCCGACCAGCAGAUGAAGACCAUCGGAAUCAGUUUGGGCAACGCGACCGAUCCUCUUCAGCUCCCAACGUCCACAUCAAUACAAUUGAGCCAGUCAAUAUUGAUGAAUUGAUUAGAGACCAGGGUUUACGAGGCGAGGGAGCCCCUUUGAACCAGCUGAUGCGCUGUCUUCGGAAAUACCAAUCCCGGACUCCCAGUCCCCUCCUUCAUUCUGUCCCCAGUGAAAUAGUGUUUGAUUUUGAGCCUGGCCCAGUGUUCAGAGGCUCAACCGCAGGUUUGUCUGCAACACCUCCCGCCUCUUUGCCUGGGUCACUAACCAAUGUGAAAGCGUUACAGAAAUCACCAGGACCCCAGCGGGAAAGGAAGUCAUCCUCAUCCUCAGAAGACAGAAAUAGAAUGAAAACUCUUGGUCGGCGAGAUUCAAGUGACGAUUGGGAGAUACCAGAUGGACAGAUCACAGUUGGACAAAGAAUAGGAUCUGGAUCAUUUGGAACAGUCUACAAAGGAAAGUGGCAUGGUGAUGUGGCAGUGAAGAUGUUGAAUGUUACGGCACCCACACCUCAACAGUUACAGGCUUUCAAAAAUGAAGUAGGAGUGCUCAGGAAAACACGACAUGUGAAUAUCCUGCUUUUCAUGGGUUAUUCGACAAAACCCCAGUUGGCUAUUGUUACACAAUGGUGUGAAGGGUCCAGCUUGUAUCACCAUCUACACAUCAUUGAGACCAAAUUUGAAAUGAUCAAGCUAAUUGAUAUUGCACGACAGACUGCACAAGGCAUGGAUUAUUUGCAUGCCAAAUCAAUCAUCCACAGAGACCUCAAGAGUAAUAAUAUUUUUCUUCAUGAAGACCUCACAGUAAAAAUAGGUGAUUUUGGUCUAGCUACAGUGAAAUCACGAUGGAGUGGAUCCCAACAGUUUGAACAGUUGUCUGGAUCUAUUCUAUGGAUGGCACCAGAAGUUAUUAGGAUGCAAGAUAAAAACCCAUAUAGCUUUCAAUCAGAUGUGUAUGCAUUUGGGAUUGUUCUUUAUGAAUUGAUGACUGGACAGUUACCAUACUCGAACAUCAACAACAGGGACCAGAUAAUUUUUAUGGUGGGACGAGGAUAUCUAUCUCCAGACCUCAGCAAAGUACGGAGCAACUGUCCAAAAGCUAUGAAGAGACUAAUGGCAGAAUGCUUAAAAAAGAAGAGAGAUGAGAGACCCCUUUUUCCACAGAUUCUUGCCUCCAUUGAGCUUCUGGCCCGGUCAUUGCCAAAAAUUCACCGCAGUGCAUCUGAGCCCUCAUUAAACCGGGCUGGCUUCCAGACAGAGGAUUUUAGUCUAUAUGCUUGUGCUUCUCCAAAAACGCCCAUCCAAGCAGGGGGAUACGGAGAAUUUGCAGCGUUCAAGUAGCCACAGCACCAUGGCAGCACCCACUCUGUUAUUUAAGUCUUGUGUUCCUACAGUUUCUUAACAUCAAAACUCCAUUCUGCUCCGCAAAACCUAAAAUAAUUUAGAAAAGAUAUCCAUAAGCUUUUAAAAGUGGAGCAGAAUGGAACUGCCAGUCCAACACAAUGGGAAAAAGUACCUUUUUGGGAACCAGAGUCCUCUGCUGCCAGUGUUUCUCCUUCAACACAAACCACCACGUGCAUUCGGAGACCCGCAGUGGCUGCCUGUGCCGUUGGCAUCAUUCCCAGGAGAGAGGAGAGGGCGCUCGUGGUUUGACUGUGGUGCUCGGGCAUGAGGGGAUGGAACUGCUGCUGCAACUUAGGAGACUUGCUUUGGAUGGUCUGCCGGUCGGCUUUCUCCCUCUAACAGUGUAACCAUCAGAGGCUGAAAAUCUGUUGAGUGCUAAUUUAAAAGAACCAUUCUCCAUUCUGAUCCUUUUUUUUUCCUGGUGUACUUACUGAUUUAUGGACAAUGCAGUAUCCCCUUUUCACUGUAUUACAGCGUCAAACACCUCAAUCUGUCUCUAUUAUUGGGGUUUAUUCCUUUAAAUUUGAAGUGUGGGGCAGUGGGAGCUGGAGAAGAUGUUAUUCUGAAGGCAAAGAGGUUCAGCUGAAGGAAAAGGGGAUGCUGCUGCACCUUUUCUCAGAUUUACUUUACCACUUCUUAAAAAGAACAACAACCACCAUCCUUAACCUUUUUCCUUUUCCCGUGUUUUCUUGGUGUGUGCAUAUACAACAUCUUUUAGAAGGAUUAGGUAGAUCCUUCUUUUGUUGGUCCAGCAACAAACUGAAGUUUUAAAAAAAAAAAUGUAGCGAGAUUGUCCUCUCUGUUAUUUUUUCUUUGUAUCAUGUGAUACAAUGUAUUUAUCAAAGAUGCUACUGCAGCAUCUGAAGUCUGUAGAGUUCCCGAUACAGACUGUGAAUGGUGUAUGUACCUAUUUUAAAAGUUUUAUUUUAAAUGAGGGUGCAGGUUAAUGCCAGGUACCUUACCAAUAUGUAAUGUUUUAGUAAAUGGGGAAAAAAGUUCUCAGGUUGAAUUGAAUACAAAUACAAAACCCCCUAGAAUUAGACAUUCCAAAAAUUAUGUUUUGGUACUUUCAAGAGCUUUUUUUAAAGGAUUUUUAUCCUGUUAACUAAAUGUCCUCCGAUAAGUGUGUGUGUAAAUGUGGAGCAUCUUGUCCUAAUGGCAAGUUGUUGGAUCAAAACAAAACGGUACUUGCUGGAUCCACGCUGACUACUUCUCUUCUCAUUGCUUUCCUCCCUCUCAUCUCUUCCCUUCCAUUUGUCUUUCCCUUUUGUACACUUUGCAAACUAGGAUGAAGGUGGCGGUAUCUCCAUCAGACUGCUUUGUUUUCCUGUCCUCCAAUCCUGGUUUUCAAGUGGUUGGUAGCUUUUUGACUACCCAGUCAGGGAAAAAAACAACUCAUAAAGUUCUGCACAUCGUUUACCUCUAGUGGAAUAUCUUGUGAUGUGAGCUGUUUGCAGAGUUCUCUGGUAUGUGGUAUUACCUGUAAAUUAUUUGUACAGAGGCAAGGCAGACCACAUUGGAAAGAAACUCAAGCUCAGACAGAAGUUUUCAGAAUUUGGUUCGUAUUGGCCCUGUACCACUGCAGGUGAGGCAGGAGAACUGACCCCCAACCCCAGCCUCCGGCAGGGACAUUCCUGCUUAGAGGUGGUGGGGGAUGUGAAACAAAAUCAUGACAAAUAAAUGAAGGAGUUAAAUGUGUGUGAAUGUGGUGUCCGUGCUAAAGAUGGAUGUACUGAGUGAGGAUGCUGUCCUUCACUCCCUGUGGAGGGUUGGACUGUUUCUGUCUGCAGAAGGUUGCUCCCAGGUGAAGGGGGAAAUGCACAUCGGUAGUGGAAGGCGCUUUUAAUACCCUGGAAUUCUGCGGUGUUGCUGGUAGUCGGUUAUGUUUGUCAGUAAAUAUUUACUGGGGUUGUAGGGACCGGACUAAUCUGAAGUGGGAAUUAUAACUGAAAUACUGUGUAUUCAUAUUAUUUCCACAAACAUUAGCAAGACAGCAAUAGUGAAUGACUUAAUAGUCACUACAAGAAUGAAGUGAUUCAUGUUGGUACAUGAAUAGAAUUGAUUUUGUGUACAGGACGCAUUUUAAAAACAAACAAAAAAAAGCACAAAUUUUUUCUUGUCUGCCAUGGAUCUUCAGAUGCUGUAAGGCUUUUUCCUUAUUGAGAUUGGCAGGAAUUUAAAAAGUAGCAAUAGCCACUUUCCAGUGUGGAGAAGCCAGUGUGCAAGUGGUGGUGAAGACUGGUGAAGUCCGAGUUCUCCCUGGUGAUCAUCUGAGGCCAGUACUGAAGAGGUGGAGGGAGCCUGGGGCCAGCUGGUGUCAGCAGGCAGGUGAGAGCAUUCACCAGAUACAGGCUCCCAGAGGGUGAAGUAGUCACUGCUUCUCCUUUCAUCCUGUGUUUGGCUCCAGCCCUUCUGUGGGCCCUGGCCUCAUUUGUACAUGUCAGGCAUACUGGAAAUUAUUGUUCUCUUGGAAGAAACUGUUAACGGAGCAAUUAUGGACAGGUGGUUCAACAGUCAUUUGUUUCACAGAGCUUGGUAAAAGCCCUAGUUUCCUUCCACAAAGUCAUGCUGGCAGAAGAUUGUCUGUUAGGAACUUCGUUCUAUCUUUGCUUAAAAUGAACUUACUUUGGUGGAGAUUCAUUACCCAUUAGUCUACUAUAUGCUUCUUGAGCCCAUAGGAAAAGCACAAGGAAAAUUGCUAUCCUUGUCCAUGCAAAGCACUUUAUAAGUAACACAUGAUCUCUGGGUUGUUUUUGGUUUUUUAAUGGGGGUUUGUUUGUAGUUUUGUUUUUCUUUUUUGUUUCUGGUUUUGGUUUGAUUUUUUUUUUUUCCCUGAGGAAUGUGCAAGUUGUUUGGCUGCUGUUUAGAUAAGUCCUUUCAGGAUGCAUUUCUACUGGUUUUCACGUUUGUUUGUUUCCCUUCAGAUAAGUGUAGUGAUAUAUGUUUGUCUGUAAGAGGUCCCACAUAAUGUUCAUGCAAAACUUUGGAAGAAAUGUGGUUUGUAAAUAAUUGGGAUUAUUUUUGGUUUUAUCUUUUCCUUCAGGAGUUUUUCUGGAUGUCUUGCAUGCCAUCAUAACCAGUCUUAAAGGUGCCCUGUAGAUGUUUAGUGAAUGGGGAAACAAGAGUAGAUGAGAAAUGAGUGCCCUGCAUAGCAGUGGGAUGAAGGAAGUAAACUGAAAUGACCAAUUCAUUCAUGCCCAUUACCCCAAAUUCCUUAAGCUUCUUCAUGUUAUUACAUAUUUUGCGUGCACAUGUUGGGACAAACGUCAGUCACACAGCUUCUCCAGGCUCUGCGGUAUCCAGUAUUUAAUAAUUAUUUGCAAAAGUACCAGUAUCCAGUCCCAGCUAUUCAUGUCUUUAUCAACCACACGUAGACCUUCCCCUCUGCCUUUCCUUUUCCAUACAGUUAGAUGAGGCCUGUUAUCUGUUACAUCUUCCCUGUCAGUACAUGAUUGUUUCCUGUGUCGGAUUUGCUGGAACUGGAACAUUGUAGUGGAGCUUAAACCUGAUGGUAGGAGUAUAGAGGGUGGGGUACUUUGAAAGUAAUUUCUGCAUGAAUUAAGUCAUACAUGGCCCCAGAUAAAUUAGCCCAGUCAUUUCUUCUUUGCUAAACUCACACAGGUCAUUGAACGAAUCUACUUCUGCAUUUUAUGUUUACCUAAAAUUAUCUCUUCUUGUACUUGAAUAUUCUAGCAGCUAAUGAUGAUGCAGAAUGCUUGAGGCCAAGUACUGCUAUCUUACCAUGGCCUCUCAGCAUCACUUGGAUUAGUAUGUGCUCAUUAGAGGCAGAAUUUGGCCUUUGUGACAUAAAAUGAGUAAAAUGCUGACUGUUGAUAAAUACCAUGUCUUUCCACAAUGCCCGAACUGGGGAAGAAGUACACUGAAGAUCACAUAUAAAUAGGUUUUCUUCUGUGUUUGCCUGGUGAUGUGAGUGCAUCCAGCAUUUUACAGAAGGUUUAAGGAAGUCAGAAUCUCAGACAGCUCACAAACAAGUUCAAACUGAAGCUUUGAUAGCUGGAGGGGCUACAUUUAGGGAAGAAGCAUGUAGACAUUUCACACUUUUGCAGCCUCUAGGUUUCAUUGCCUUCUUGUCUAUGAGUACAGCAUGUGUAGCACAAACCCUUCAUAGUACUGUAUACAGUGUGUCUUUUCUCUAUUGAAAAAAUGUAUCACCGAUAGCACAGUGUGACAGGAGAGCUUUCUAGGUACAGUCACGUUAAAGAGCAGUUGUGUGAUUUGACUCUUAGGGCAUCACUCUGAAGGUGCUGGGUGUUCUUUUCUGUUAUGCAUUUUACACAGAAGUUUAUGAAACAAACCUUCUGUUUGCUGCAGCCUUGUUACUGUGUGUUUGUACUUAGUAUUUGUUUUGAUAUGCAUUUUAAAUACCUUUCUUCACUGCUUCAUUACUCCAUACCCACUGUGUGAAGUUUAACAAGGGCAAGUGCCAGAUUCUGCACCUGGAGUGGGGCAACCCUGGAUGUACACACAGACUGGGGAAUGAGAGGCUGGAGAGCAGCACUGCAGAAAGGGACCUGGGAGUCCUGGUCAAUGGCAAGUUGAAUGUGAGUCAGCAGUGCCCUGACAGCCAGGAAGGCCAACCUGUCCUAGGGGGCAUCAGGUGAAGCAUCACCGGAUCACCCCUCGAGGGAGGGGAUUGUCCUGCCCUGCUCUGGUGUGGCCUCACCUUGAGUACUGUGAGCAUUUUGGGGGCACCUCAGUGUAAAAAAGACAUUAAGCUGUAAGGCAACAUCCAAAAGAGGGCCAUGAAAAUGGUGAAGGGCCUUGAGGGAAAGCCAUAUGAGGAGUGACUGAGGUCACUGGGCUUGUUCAGGCUGGAGAAGACUCAUUGCAGUCUUCAGUAUCCUCACUGGGGAAGAGGAGGGGCAGGCACUGAUCUCUUCACUCUCAUGACCACUGACAGGACUCGAGGAAACAGCAUGAAGCUGAGUCAGGGGAGAUUGAGGUUGGAUAUGAGGAAAAGGUUCUUCACCCAGAGGGUGGUUGGGCACUGGAAGAGGCUCCCCAGGGAAGUGAGCCUGACAGAAGUGAGCUCAGCACCGAGGCUGACAUUGUUCACGAAGCAUUUGGACAAUGCUCUCAGGCACAUGGUGUGACUCUUGGGGUGUCCCGCACAAGGCCGGGAGUUGGAUUCAGUGAUCCUGAUGGGUCCCUUCCAACUCAGCAUAUUCUGUGAUUCUUGCCUAGUAAAUAAAACUAUCAGCAGAGCAGAGCAAAGUUGUUAAAACUCUUUCUUUGCACUUAAGUUUCAAGGAUGCUAAUACAGAAGCUACUAAGUCAGCACUGUGACAGCAGCAAAUAACUAUGAACCUGUGGAAGGAGGAAACUUUACAAGCUGCAGAAUAUAGAGUACCCUGAGAGUGAAUUCAGAUGAAAACUGGCAUAUCUCUUUCCUUUAGAAAAGAGAGCUACCAAGACCAUCUGUUAAAGGGUUUACAUAGGGACCCCCAAACCAGUUUUUGGAGUUUGCCAAAUGAUCAUGUGCCUUUGCAACCUUAAAAAGUACAACAGAAUGUAAACCAGGUGCUUUGUAACUAGAGCAGUGUCUUUGGUUUACUUCUGCUGCAGUAGUUUUGUAUAUAGCUAUCACUAUAGGUGGGUAGUUUCAAGUUGGUAAACUUCUGUAAACGAGGAAGGAGGGCAGAGCAUUCCCUAGGAUACCUCUUAGCUUUUCAGAGGUAGGAAUUGAAGGAUACCUAAUUCAGUUACAGUAAACCUGCUGCUUGAAAUCUGCUCUAUCAAGAGUUAAAUGAGGUUCAUUCAAUUUAAAAACAAGUAAGCCCUCCUCCCCCUCCAAAGACACAGAGACUUUGUUAAAGAAAAGUAAUAGAAAGCUCCAAAGAGACCCAAAGUUACAGUGUCAUAGCAUCUUGGAAUGAGAUGGUAGAUGAAAAAUGAGAGCUAGAUGAGGAGAAACUGAUGGCUAGUACUCAUGUAAUGAAAGUCCACAUAUAUCAUAUAACCAGUUUCCUGUUCCAGAAAGCGCAGUAAGUUUUGUUUUCUGGAAUAUCAGCAGGUGUCCUCAGUUCUUCCUUGGGCUUCUUGCAGUUGCUUUUCAGUGAUCACAUCCUGUUAUUGCACAAUUAACUGUGGGACAUGGUAUGUGUUGUGUCAGCUGAGGGACAGCCAAUAUGUGUGAAUUUGAUCAGUUCAAAUUUCGAACUGGUUACAUAGACUUCUGGCAGUACUUACAUACCAGUGUCAUAUUUAACCCACUUGUCCAUAAAGGACAAAAUAAUGGUUUGGGUAUUAGUGCUUUUUCAGAUCUUUUCAUUUUCUUUGGGGCAAGACUUUGGGCAUCAUUGUAAAUUAUAAAAUUAUGUCUAAAUGCACAGUUCAUCUGAAAUAGCAGACUGAUUUUAAUUAGAGUUUGUUCCUUUUAGAAAGCAAAGUGUAAAAAUGUUUUAAUCGUGUUCCAGGAACUAUCUGGAAUACUUCUACCUACCCCAGAUUCUGUACUAAAAGUACAUGUGAGAAGGUGGUUAUUUUCUUAGUUUGGUUUAUUUAAGAAAAUAUCAAAGAAACUCUUUCCCUAAGAGAAGGGAGCUGAUGGGAAGGUUCAGAAACUUCUAAACUACCUAGGUAUUUGCUUCAUAGCAUCCAGCAGCAGUGUGUUUAGUUCAUCCAGUCUCCUUAAGAGAGGCCAACAGUGGCCUGUCCAUCGUUUUGUCUGGUUUGUCAUGUUUGCAAGCAGCUGUACUUUGAAUAAGCCUUGUGUGACAUUUACUUUUGAGCAAGUAAACCACAAAAAAUAAUUAUGUUUUCUUUUUGUUUAUUUUUUUCUUUUUUUUUUUUUUUUUGGUUUGCAUUUGGGAAAUGGUCAGGUUUUGUUUUGAUAAAUGUCAUUCUGUGUUGCAUUUGUGUAUUCACUCCAGUUGAAAAGAAAAUCCAUCUGAGUGUUUGGGAGUUCAGUGGAAAAUUAGGAGAAGAAAUGAAGCCCAUCAUCUGGGCAUGGAUGUUGGGUCUAGGGGGGAAAAAUGGACCAAACUUGGGUGUUGGGUUAUUUUGGGAUGGUGGGGGGUUCCGAGGGCAUAAUUUAAAUUAACUCUGUCUAAAAUGUGUAAGUGCAAUAAAUGUGCUUUUUUAUUCAAAGCUGUGAACCUUUAGGGGAAAAAAAAAACAAACAAAAAAAUCAACCAAAAAAAAAAGCACAUCAUUCCUUCAUGAGCCUUGUGUCCUAUCUGCCUCCCCUUCCUACCCCCUUCUCCACACUUCUCAAUUGACAGAAACCUGACAGUGGCCAACUUGCAUGUGUUGGCAACCCAAAUUAACGUUGCUGUUCUUCUGAUCUCAUUUGUUGGGAUUGGGGAGAGUCCUGCCUUGUAUUUCUUGCCACCCUUGAAAACCCUUUGGGAUCCAGUGCUGACCCUGCCUCUAGAGCAGGGUCUGCCACAAUCUGGGAUGCAGGAGCCAGCCCGCCUUUGCCGUGGUCAUCCUGACUCCCAGUGCAAUGUUCCUCCUGGCCCUCUCUCCUCCAGUUGUAACUCCCCUCCCCGCCUCAUUCUGGGUGUUAGUGACACAUCUCCCAGGGCUGGGCAGGUGACAUUAUUCCUAAGCAAUUGCAAAAGUCAUCAGCCAUCACGCCUAAUGGGAUCCCUUUUCCCCUGUCCAAACACACAUGCAGGCUGGCCACUGUUGCCUUCUGUGACUCUGCCUUGUUCUGCAGGAGCAGGUGUGGGGGGGGUGUGAUCUGUGGUGCGUUACUUGCACUGUCUCUCUGUCUCACUUGAGCACAGGCUGCUUUUCCUAGAUUAGGAAAGGGGCACGGGUCUCUUGGGGGUUCCCAGGAGAGGCACGAUGCACUGAGCAAUGACAGAAGGUGUAGCACUCAGUAGCUGGACCCUAUGGGGGAGUAAGAGAGGACUGGCUUGUUUAAAGUUUAUAGAUAUCCAGAUCUAUAUCCUUUAAACUUUAUUAUUUUUAUAUAUAGUCAAGACAAUGGCAUUACCUCAUAAUACAGAGGCUUGUUUAUGAGAGGCAAAGUAUGUAGUAAGGAGAGGAAAGGGAAAUUUAUAUACAGAUUUAAUUUCUUCUGUUUGUUUGUUCCUUAGUGCAAUGAAAUGUUUGACCCACCACUUUAAACUCUGUGCUAACACAUUCCUUUCAGCUGUAUUUUUUUUUGACCACCAGAGGUUUGCAAGGGGCUUAUGACUGCAAAGUAAGAAGGUCCAGUCUGGUUACUUAAAAAAAAAAAACCAAUUGUGUUAGUAGAUUUCCAUAGCUGCUUUUUAAAAAUCUACAAUGGAGUAAUUGUUUUGAAACUUGUAUUUAUUUUUUAAUUCGUAACAAAACGUUUAUUUUCGGUUUCCUGUUACGUAGGUCAUGACAACUCCCUUUUGUUCCUUCUCAAGUUUCCCCUGUAAUUGCCAAUACAACUUCUUUUUCUUGUUUGUUCCUUCCCCCUUUACUUUUGUUGUCCCUUCAUUUGUAUUUUGGAGUUUUUCUCAUGUAAAUUUGUACAAUGGGAAAUAUUGUCCAGUUUGGUUAGAGAGCAUGGAGACUUAAAACAUAUUAAAAUUUGAUAGCUGAAUUCAGAUUGAAGAAAACUAUUUCUGUGUAAAGUUAUUUAAAGAACUCUGUAUUAUAUGAAAGGCAAAAAGUUCUAUGUACUUGAUGUGAAUAUGAGAAUACUGCUAUAAUAAAGAUUGACUGCAUGGAAAAGUC